GCCGCCCCGCGAUGUGCGGGGGCUCUGACGCCAGGCGGGGCGUCCUCUGAAGGGGGCGAGCCAUGAGGGGCGGCCGGGGGCGAGGGCUGGUGGGCGCGCUCAGCCUGUGCCUCAGCCUGUGCUCCUUGGCGCUGCUCGUCACGGCCAUCUUCAGCGACCACUGGUACGAGACCGACCCCCGUCGCCACCGGGAGAGCUGCGAGAGCCGCGCCGGCAGCGCCCACUCGCCCGAGCAGCGGCGACGCCUCCUGCCGCUGCCGCACUUGCCCUUGCGAGGCGCCAAGCGGCGGCUCCCUCGAGGCGGAGGAGGCGCAGCUCCGGCUCCCGCGCCCACCGGCCACUUCCCGCCGCUGGAGAACUGGAGGGCCCUGGUGGGGCUCGGGGUGCUGCAGUCGCCCUGCGGCCGCCCGCUCUUCGCCACUUACGCCGGCCUCUGGAGGAGAUGCCACUUCCUGGGCGUCGACAGGGACCUCGACAGCUUGGUGGAGAGAGGUAUCACUCAGAGAUGUACGGCAAUCAAAUACCACUUCGCUCCACCAAUACGCUUACGCAACAUCCCGUUCAAUUUAACCAAGACCAUCCAACAAGAUGAAUGGCAUCUGUUACAUCUAAGAAGAAUCACAGCAGGAUUUCUUGGGAUGGCAGCAGCUGUUCUUCUCUGUGGGUGCAUCGUAACUACAGUCAGUUUCUUUUGGGAGGAAAGCCUCACACAGCACGUUGCCGGCCUCCUUUUCCUUAUGUCAGGCAUCUUUUGCACUAUUUCUCUCUGCACUUAUGCAGCAAGUGUCUCCUAUGACCUAAACCGCUUACCCAAAUUUAUCUAUGGUCUUCCUGAUGACGUGGAACAUGGAUACAGCUGGUCUAUAUUCUGUGCUUGGUGCAGCUUAGGACUCAUCGUAGCAGCAGGAUGUCUUUGCACCACUUAUCCACUCAUUAGCAGGACAAAGAUUAGCCAUCUAAAGUCUACCAGAGACUCUUCUGUAUGACUGCUUAUCAGGGGAUAAUCCCUCCCCUUGAAAGGCAACAGGUGAAGAGUAGUCUUCAAGGAUUUAUAGGGAGCUAAAUUCAUAAUUCCAAGCACAAAUGAAAACAAAACCCUGUCCCUUAAAUACCAAACAUUGUGUCUUACUAGCCAGGAAAUACAGAGGAUUUCUUCAGGGUGGCUGAAAUAAAACGUUCAGACAACUGAGUUCUUGUGGAACUGAUGACUGCAAUUUAGCACAGUGUAUAUGCACACAUCACAAGCGAGACAGGGCUGUUCUCACUCUGAUAAGAAACCUGCGUUGACAAUGUAGGGCUGUUUUAUUUAGCAGAGGUUUGUACAUAAGGUAAUUAACAACCACCACCACCAACAACAAAAAACCACAACUCCCCAAAUCUCAAUCCUAUUCCCCUAUUACCCUCGACCAGUCUUAGGUUGUAAUCCUAUACCCACUUACUUGGGGGUAAGCCCAAUUGAACUCAGUAGGACUUACUUCUGAGUUGACACGUAUAAGAUUGCACUGUAAAAUACUUUAGACUUUAAGUG